ACAUCGCGCACCCGACCAACGUCAAGAGCGAGGCGUGGCUGCACCUGUUUGCGUCGCGGCCUGACGACAACCUCACGCUGAGGAUCAUCCAUGCUGUCGACGGCGAGUGCCAGGGCAGCAGCGCCAUCAGAAUCGCUCUGGUGACUCCCGAUAUGGAGCAGAUGCAGGAGACGCUCAAGGCGGCCCAGGUCGAGUUCACGGUGCACCCUGAUCCGACCUCCGACUCGAACCGCAUUGCCACUCACGACCCGCUGGGCAACGACGUGUUCUUUAUGACCCACAACAACUCGUUCUCGGUGCCACCCUCGCCUGAGGUGGUUGCGGACCUGAACAGCGAGCCCAUGCCUGCGUUCAAGUUGGAGCCGGCGACCGCCGGCCCCAAGAAGAACAUUGGUAUUCUGACCUCGGGUGGCGACGCGCAGGGCAUGAACCCGUGUGUGCGGGCAGUGGUGCGCAUGGCUAUUGCACGCAACUGCAACCCGUAUCUGAUCUACGAGGGAUACCAGGGCCUGGUGGACGGCGGCGACAAGAUCAAGGCGGCCAAGUGGUCCGACGUCAGCGGGUUCCUGACGCUGGGCGGAACUCUGAUCGGGACUGCCCGCUGCAUGGCAUUCCGCGAGCUUGAGGGCCGGCGCACGGGUGUGCUUAACCUGAUCAAGAACGGCAUCGAUGCCCUGGUUGUCAUCGGUGGCGAUGGCUCGCUGACGGGUGCCGACAAGCUGCGUGCCGAGUGGCCCAGCCAUGUCGAGGCCCUGGAGAAGGACGGCCGGAUCUCGAAGGAGAGCGCCGACAAGUACCGCACGCUGAUGAUCGUCGGUAUGGUCGGCUCGAUUGAUAACGACCUGGCAUCGACUGAUAUGACCAUUGGCGCGUCGUCGGCGCUGACCCGCAUUUGCGAGUCGGUUGACGCGAUCCUCAGCACGGCCCUCAGCCACCAGCGUGCCUUUGUAGUCGAGGUCAUGGGCCGGCACUGCGGCUGGCUGGCGCUCAACGCAGCCAUCAGCACUGGUGCCGACUACCUGUUCAUCCCCGAGGCGCCGCCCAAGAACGACGACUGGGAGACAGCUAUGUGCAACACGCUCAAGGCCAGCCGCGACGCUGGCAAGCGCACCUCACUCGUGAUUGUCGCCGAAGGCGCCAUCGACCGCAACCUGAACCCGAUCAAGGCCGAGUAUGUUAAGGACGUGCUGGCGCAACGUCUGGGCUACGACACGCGGGUCACGAUUCUGGGCCACGUGCAGCGUGGAGGAGCCCCGGUACACUUUGACCGGUUCCUGGGUACCAUGCAGGGCGCCGAGGCUGUCGAGGCCAUUCUGCGGGCCACACCCGAGACACCGUCGCCGGUCAUCGGUAUGCUGGAGAACAAGAUCACGACGCAGCCGCUCAAGGAGGCGAUCCAGCUGACCGGUGAGGUCGCUGCGUCGAUUGGUCGCAAGGACUUUGCGCGCGCGAUGGAGCUGCGCUCGAAUGCGUUCGGCCAACAGCUCAAGUCGUACAAGGAAAUCUCCAACUACAACCCCGACUCCAAGAUGAAGCUGCCUGAGAGCAAGCGUCUGCGCAUCGCCAUCAUCCAUGCUGGUGCACCGGCUGGCGGUAUGAACACAGCCACGCGCAGCGCCGUGCGUCUGUGCAUCAACCGCGGCCACACACCGCUGGGUGUUUAUAACGGCUUCCCGGGCCUGAUGCGUGGCGAGAUCCACGAACUCGACUGGCUGUCAGUCGACACGUGGACCAUCGCUGGCGGCUCCAAGCUCGGCACCAACCGGGACCAGCCCGAACCGCAGCUCGGCGCCGUCGCGUACCAGCUGCAGAAGCACAACAUCCAGGCCCUGAUGGUGAUCGGCGGCUUCGAGGCAUACACCGCGGUGCUGUCGCUGACGCGCAACCGCAACCAGUACCCGGCCUUCAACAUCCCGAUGGUGCUGAUCCCCGCCACCGUCUCCAACAACGUUCCGGGAACCGAGUUCUCGCUGGGCUCUGACACCGCCUCCAACGUCAUUGUGCUGGCCACUGACAUGAUCAAGCAGUCGGCGUCGUCCAGCCGUCGCCGCGUGUUCGUCAUUGAGGUGCAGGGCGGCAACUCGGGCUUCCUGACUGUCAUGGCCGGUAUCUCGGGUGGCUCAACCACCGUUUACACGCCUGAGGAGGGUGUUGAUCUGACACGCCUGCAGCGUGACAUUGCUCACCUGCGUCGCCGCUACAUCAAGGAGCUGGGCCAGUCUGAGGGCCGCGUGACGCUGUGCAACGAGCGCGCGUCCAAGAUAUACUCGACUGACAUGAUUGCCAAGAUCUACGAUGCAGAGUCCGGCGGCUUCUACGGCGCUCGCACCUCCGUCCUGGGCCAUCUGCAGCAGGGUGGCACGCCGUCGCCCAUGGACCGCUGCCGCGCCAACACCAUGGCCGUCGACUCGAUCAACUGGCUGCAGGAGAAGUGUUGGCUCGGCAUGGAGGUCCCCAACGAGGACGACAUCCGCUUGCCCGCCGACCAGCUCAAGCGCAAGUACUUCCCGAGCGUCUUCAGCGCCGGCCCCGAGACCGCCGCCGUCAUUGGCGUUAUUGGAUCAGAGGUCCGGUUCACGCCCAUUCUCGACCUUGUCAAGCACACCAACUUUGAUCGCCGCAUCCCCAAGCACGUCUGGUGGGGCCAUGCCCGCCAGCUCAUUGACAUCCUCGCCGGUGUUGGCGUCGAUAUCGAGAAUGGCGGCAGCUCGAUCGACUACAAGACUUGCGCUAUUGAUCUGACUGCUGACGAUCUGAUGCGCCUCUAUGGCCAGCACCGUCGCCUGUCCAAGCUUGAGAACAAGUUGUAAAUGUUUGCCAGGCGCACCCCUUCUUUUUCCUUUGUUCCUACUAGAUUUCUCACCUUUUAUAUAAAGUCCAACGCAUUUUACUGCUGGG